AGUUGACCCCCAGAGGCAAUAGUAGUUGGUUGUUGCGAUGCAAAGGUAGUACGCAUUAAUAUCCUUCAUUCCACUUCUCUUCCUGGUUUCUCCGCCUUUCGGCAACCGUUUGAGGGGGUCUACGUGACGCAGGCAGCCGAUUUUACAACAAAGAAGAAAUGGGACCUAUACGUCCAUUUGUCGUCGUCGCUUACAGUUGAAAAUUGAAACGAUAAGGAAUAAAUGAAUGGAAGCGAAAAGAUGUCAGACUUUGGAUGGAUGGACUUUGGUCGACUCUCGGACCGACACUCCAAAUCAUUUUCCGAGAUUUCAGCAGUUUCCAGUGUUUGACAUCCUUAAUACUUAACCGAAAGUGGAAAAGUCUGCCGAUGGCCGUCUGAGAUUAGUAAGUAGAUUGUGGUGUUUUAAAAAUGGUCUGCGUCAAGCCCGAUUGAAAAUCGAAAGCCAAACGGAUCGUAUCUCGAGAAAAACAUGGGGCGGUUGAGCGCUUGCGUGUGCGAUUGUAAUUGCGCUGAGCGCGUAGUGUAGAUUUCGGACGGGCAUAUGAUCCAGCGCUCGACCCACGGCUCGUCCACAAACACUGAAAGUGUUUCAUAACAUCGACCCCUCGCCUGACCGGAUCCUCUCCAUCAACAAAAUGAGCAACAGUGAUGUCCGACAGGCCAUGUUGUCCUAUUGGGAGCAAUAUGAACCCAGCAUCGAAUCCAUGAUGCUCAGUCAGGAUGCCAACGAGCUGGACCGCAUGGAAAAGGACGAAAUCCUGUCCUAUUUGCCGCCCAUCAAAGGACGUUCCAUCCUGGAACUCGGCUCGGGCAUCGGGAGGUUUACGGAACAUUUGGCGGAGAACGCCAAACACCUGACGACAGUCGAUUUCAUGGCCGAUUACGUGGAGAAGAAUCGCCAGCGCCACGGCCACCACGCUCACGUGGACUUUCUGCGUGCCGAUGUCACCGAGCUGCAAUUCCCGGCUGACAAGAAAUUCGACGUCAUCUUCUCCAAUUGGCUUCUCAUGUACCUGAGCGACGAGGAAAUCAAAGUCCUCACUCGCAACAUGCUCUCCUGGCUCAAAGACGGCGGAUACCUUUUCAUCCGCGAAUCGUGCUUCCAUCCGUCCGGCAACAUCAAGCUCGGUUCCAACCCGACAUUCUACCGCUCGCCGAACGAAUACUUUAGCCUCUUGCAAAAGGAAAUAGGCAGUUGUUUGUCGGACGACGGCGAGGAUCAUCAUCGAAGCGUCUUUGAGCUGUCCAGAGCCAAUUCCGUCUCCGCUUACGUCAAGGCUAAAGGUAAUCCCAACCAAUUGUGCUUCUUGCUGAAGAAAAUGCCUUACUCUGCUCAAGAAUACGAGAGCUUCCAGGCCUUCCUGGAUGAGAACCAAUACUCGAGAAAAAGCAUUCUGCGUUAUGAGAAAAUCUUUGGGCCCACUUACAUCAGCACUGGAGGACAGGAGACCACUAUCGAAUUCUGCAAGAAACUUGAUUUAACACCAGGCCAGAAAGUCCUCGAUGUGGGAUGCGGCAUCGGCGGUUCCGCUUUCCACAUGGCUAGAGAGUACGGAGUUGAAGUAAGAGGUGUCGAUCUUUCCACUAACAUGAUCACACUUGCUCUUGAAAACCAAGCUAAGCAAGAAGAAGAGGUUAAAAAGAAGGUCUGUUUUGAAAUCACGGAUAUCACGAAAGCCAUCUUCCCUGACGAGUCGUUUGACGUUAUCUACAGCCGAGACACUCUGUUGCACAUUGGCGACAAAGAAACGCUUUUUGCCAACUUUUUCAAAUGGCUGAGACCUGGAGGCAAAGUUUUGAUUUCCGACUAUUGUCGUGGAGAUCAAGAGCACUCUGAACACUUUUUGCGCUACGUCGCCCAGCGCGGUUAUCAUUUGUUGACCGUUCCCGACUACGGCACCAUCUUUACCAAAGUCGGAUUCGCUAGCAUUGAAGCCAAAGAUGUCACCGAUUACUUCGUCGAGAUUCUGCACAAGGAAACGAAAUUUUUCUCCGAGCAAAAAGAGGAUUUCAUCAAGGAAUUUUCGGCAGAAGAUUACAACGAUAUCCUAUCCGGAUGGCAAGACAAGAUUCAGCGCUGCAGUGAAGGUGACCAAGCUUGGGGUCUAUUCAUUGCUCACAAGUAAUUUUCUAUAAGAAAAUCUGAUCUGAAAAACUUGUUAUGCCAUUUCCGUGUCAAGCCCCUUUACUUGAAUGUAAAAAAAAAAACAGCCCUUCAAUACAUACUAUGAAAAUUUA